UGUGAUUGCGACCAAUAUAAUAGAAAGAGAAAUGACCGCUGCCAACCAUUUGAGCACUGGAUAUCCUCCCCCCCAACAAAAUCAUUCCCAACUUCACUAAACACCAACCAAUCGGGACCAAAUGCUCUCCUUUGAUUUCUCUGUAUCUCCUGUUAAAUUCCAUGCCCAUGUCCAUGUAUCCACCACACAUGCGUGUACAUGAGCAAACCGACGACAAUCCAGAUAUGAUAUCCGCCACACCGACCGAACGGUAUGAGCAUGACAGUUGCAGUUGCAUACCGCCAUUCCAUCUUUGUUACACUUAAUUUUUAUGCACUGUAUAUAUCAGUAGAAAGGUGAUAAUUUGGGUUGGGGUUUGUGAUUAAAAAGGGGGCUAUUUACCAUGAAUAUGUUGUGGCUUCUGGUACUGAUAGUUUUCUACCAUGGGACCUCCUCAAAUGGGGCUGUUACUAAUGUUUCUAACAGACCGUAUGUUGUAAAUGUUGGGGCUAUUCUCUCUCGCGGCUCUAUUAUUGGCAAGGUUGCGAAAGUAGCAAUAGAAGCUGCAGUUGAAGAUGUGAACUCUGACCCAGGUGUUCUUUCUGGAACUAGGAUAAAUCUUACGAUGCUGGACUCCAACUUCAGCGGAUUUCUGGGCAUUGUUGAGGCCUUACAAUUCAUGGAGAAAGACACCGUGGCCAUAAUUGGCCCUCAACUCUCUGUAACAGCUCACGUAAUAUCUCAUAUUGCUAAUGAGCUUCAAGUCCCUCUAUUGUCAUAUUCAGCGACAGACCCCACCCUGUCUUCACUUCAGUUCCCUUUCUUUGUUAGAACUGCCCAGAGUGACCUUUUUCAGAUGGCUGCGAUAGCAGAAAUUGUGGACUACUAUGGAUGGAAAGAGGUGAUUGCAGUCUAUGUUGACGAUGACCAUGGCAGAAAUGGAAUUGCUGCAUUGGGGGAUAAGCUUGCUGAGAGACGUUGUAAGAUCUCAUUCAAGGCACCUAUGCCUGUUGAAGUGAACCGGGAUCAAAUAACUGAUGUACUGGUUAAAGUUGCUUUAAGUGAGUCUAGGAUUAUUGUUCUUCACACUUAUGCCGGUUCUGGUCCAGAUGUUAUAAAGGUUGCAGAGUCUCUUGGGAUGAUGGGAGCUGGGUAUGUGUGGAUAGCUACUAACUGGCUCUCUACUAACCUAGAUACAAAUCCUCAGCUCACUUCAGAUGCAACGGAAAACUUUGAAGGAGUUAUUACUUUGCGUAUGUACACACCAGAUUCAGAACUCAAAAGAAAAUUCGUUUCUAGGUGGAGUAACUUGUCUAGUGGAAAGAGUAUCAAUGGCACUUUUGGACUAAGUACUUAUGGACUAUAUGCCUAUGACACUGUUUGGCUUCUCGCUCAUGCAAUUGAUGCAUUUUUCAAUCAGGGGGGAAUCAUCUCAUUCUCAAAUGAUUCAAGGUUAACUGAGCUUAAAGGAGGGAGCAUGAAUCUUGAUGCUAUGAGCAUCUUUAAUGGAGGGAACCUGUUGCUUAAGAACAUCUUACAGGUCAAUAUGACCGGUGUAACAGGAUCCAUUAGUUUUACAUCAGAUAGGAACUUCAUUCAUCCUGCAUUUGAAGUAAUCAAUGUCAUUGGCGUAGGAUAUAGGAGGAUUGGGUAUUGGUCUAACUAUUCUGGGUUAUCUGUCCUGCCUCCAGAAACACUUUACACGAAACCACCCAAUCGUUCCAGUGCAAACCAACGACUAAGCAGCAUGAUUUGGCCUGGACAAACAACAGAUCGGCCUCGUGGGUGGGCUUUCCCAAACAAUGGAAGGCAAUUGAGAAUUGGAGUGCCAAAAAGAGUUAGCUAUCUUGAAAUUGUCUCACAAGUAGAAGGCACUGACAUAUUCAAAGGGUACUGCAUUGAUGUAUUUACUGCCGCAGUGAACUUGUUGCCAUAUGCAGUCCCAUAUAAAUUAGUUCCUUUUGGUGAUGGUCGUAAUAACCCAAGUGACACUGAACUUGUGCAUUUGGUCACUACAGGUGUGUAUGAUGCAGCAAUAGGUGACAUCGCAAUCAUCACUAACCGGACCAGAAUGGUGGAUUUUACACAACCAUACAUUGAAUCUGGGCUAGUGGUAGUGGCCCCUGUUAGGAAAUCAAACUCUAGUGCAUGGGCAUUUUUAAGGCCAUUUACUCCAAGAAUGUGGUGUGUUACAGCUAUAUUUUUCCUCAUUGUUGGAUUAGUAGUUUGGAUUUUGGAGCAUAGAAUCAAUGAUGAUUUCCGGGGUCCCCCUAAAAAACAAGUCGUCACUGUUCUAUGGUUUAGCCUUUCAACUUUGUUUUUUUCCCAUAAGCAAAAUACGAUCAGCACCCUUGGCCGCCUGGUGCUAAUUAUAUGGCUAUUUGUGGUUCUUAUAAUCAACUCGAGCUACACUGCAAGUUUGACCUCAAUCCUUACAGUGCAGCAGCUUUCUUCUACCGUCAAAGGGAUUGAAACUCUAAUUAGCAGCAAUGAUCCGAUUGGCCACCAGCGAGGUUCAUUUGCGCGCAAUUACUUAGUGGAGGAACUUGGCAUCCACGAGUCCAGACUCAUUCCUCUUAACUCUCCUGAAGAGUAUGCUAGAGCCUUAAAAGACGGUCCCCAUGGGGGAGGUGUUGCUGCAGUUGUUGAUGAGCGUGCAUACGUAGACCUCUUUCUCUCAACUCGAUGUGAAUUCAGCAUUAUUGGUCAACAGUUCACUAAAGCCGGGUGGGGAUUUGCAUUCCCACGGGACUCACCUUUAGCAGUUGACAUGUCAACUGCGAUUUUAAGAUUGUCUGAGAACGGAGACCUCCAGAGAAUGCAUGACAAAUGGCUUGCGAGGAGUGCAUGCACACCACAAGGCACAAAGUUUGAAGUGGAUCGUCUUCAGCUCAAGAGCUUUUGGGGUCUUUUUGUGACAUGCGGGUUUGCUUGCUUGCUCGCUCUCUGUAUAUACUUCAUUCUGAUGUUGCGCCAGUUCAGCAGGCACUCAGACGAACUCGAGCCUUCUGGUAGUGGUAGAAGCUCGGCAUCUGGACGUGUUCAGACAUUUCUUACAUUUAUAGACGAAAAGGAAGAGGAUGUCAAAAGUCGCUCUAAGAGAAGGCAAAUGGAGAAGGCCUCAAUUAGGGGUACAGGUGAAGAUGAAUCAACCCACAGUUACAGUUCCAAGAGAAGACAUAUGGAAGCAAAUUCCAGUAACAGUCUUGAUGUUAGUAACGAAGUCUAAAUACAUCAUCUACAGCUUGGACCUCAUACACUUUCUUAUACGUACACAUAAUACAUUUAUAGUUCCCAUCCAAAGAGGAGAGCAUACAUGUCACAUUCCAAAAGGCGAAGAAGACUGCCAGCCGCCUCGGUAAGUUCUAAAGUAAUUUGGUUAUUCAUGAUAGAAUCUCCUUGUAGCCCAGAUUUUUGUAAACUCAUUAGCCGUCUAUUCCUCCAUAAAUCACCAAAUUUUGGAUUCAGAA